AUGAAACUUCUUCUCGUCUUCUCUGCAAUCCUCUUCAUUUGGCAAGCUCCACUCGUCACUGCUAUUCCUGAAGACGUCCAACAGAUCGUUGUCGACUAUAUGAAUCGAGUCAGAGAGAGUUUUGCAGUAGCUCUUCCAGUUGCCAACAUGAACGCAAUUGUCUACAACGCAUCUCUCGAGAAGAAAAUCUCCACUUGUACCGUGGCGGAGCAUGCGGGAAAAGACCAUCGUGCAAUUUUUUUCAAAUCACUCAAUCUAGACAAGGGACCUGACACCGAUGGGGAUAUUGAUUCAAGAAGAGCUAGCGAUAUUAUGGAUCAAAAUAGCCGCAUUGCAGACAUAGAUCUGACUCGUCAAUUUGUGCAUCCUCUUCAUGCUGGGAUCGGAUGUGUCAUCUUGAGAACGCCUUGUCCUUUCCCCGGUCAGCCUCGGAACGCUACGGACAAAGCCACAACAAUGUGCUUCUUUGGAGGACCUGAAAACAUGAAACCACUGGAAGGAUUGAAGAGAGGAAAACCUGCAAGCCAAUGCCCGAAUGGAAAGUCUGAGAUAAGCGACUACAUGUGCAGAGCGUGA